AAUAAGGUAUCUUUCUUACAUAAUUACAUUACAUAAACACGCAACACUCUUCUUCUAGAGCUUUAAACAAAAGACAUGGCAACUCUUAAUAGCAUCGCCACCCAUAAACUCUCUCCAUUCACCAUCCGAAAACCCACAGAAAACAACUUUUAUCCGAUUCUAUUCUCUAUCAAUACCUGCACACUCCCACAAAAACUUAACGCAUCAAAGAAUUCAACCCUCUUAUUUUCAAAGGCAAGAAGAAGAUGGGUGAUUUGCUCAGUCACAGAGGACAAGGAAGUGGUUCCAGUCAGGAAUAAGCAAUUCAGCGACAAAGAUAACAGAUUGGUUAAUGGGUCUGAAAAUUUUGAGCCUGUUUCUUCCGGGGAGAAAGAAGAAGAAGAAGAAGUUGAUGUUAAUGAUAGGUUGAUUGGUAAAGCAGUUAAUGCUACUAUUGUUCUUGGUGCUGGUACUUAUGCAGUCACUAAGUUGUUGACAAUUGAUCACGAUUACUGGCAUGGAUGGACGCUUUAUGAAGUUUUAAGGUAUGCACCUGAACACAAUUGGGUUGCAUAUGAAGAAGCUCUCAAAGCAAACCCUGUUUUAGCAAAAAUGGCAAUAAGUGGAAUUGUCUACUCCAUUGGAGAUUGGAUUGCACAAUGUUAUGAAGGGAAACCGCUUUUUGACUUUGACCUGAAACGCAUGUUCAGAUCAGGCCUUGUCGGGUUUACUCUUCAUGGAUCCCUAUCUCAUUAUUAUUACCAAUUUUGUGAGGCUCUUAUUCCAUUUGAAGAUUGGUGGGUCGUGCCUGCCAAAGUUGCCUUUGACCAAACAGUAUGGGCGGCAGUCUGGAAUAGUAUCUAUUUUGUGUUUUUAGGUUUCUUGCGUUUGGAAUCCCCAACCAAUAUUCUUAGUGAACUGAAGGCAACAUUUUGGCCCUUGCUGACUGCAGGAUGGAAACUUUGGCCAUUUGCCCACGUAAUUACCUACAGUGUAAUCCCUGUGGAGCAAAGGCUUCUUUGGGUUGACUGUGUGGAGCUCAUCUGGGUAACCAUACUCUCAACUUACUCAAAUGAGAAAUCAGAAGCCCGAAUAUCAGAGUCAGCAUCAGAAGUAGACUCCAAUUCUUCAUCAGGCAGUCUUGAGGAAUAAAUUAUAUGGGUUCAUGUCUCGUUGAGAAGGAUGUUCGAAUAGCCGUAAAACGUAAAGAAUCUCGUUGGGAAGAUCUACAUGUACAGAGUGUAUUCAUCCCUUUCUGUAAUAUCAAAGCGUGUCACUGGAGGUAUUCACAUGGACGGAAUCUUAAAAUUAUUGUUCAGAGUUCAGACUGCGCUUGAAUUUACACAGUUGUAUUAUUUUUGUAUCAAAUCAUGCAAAUAAAUAUUGUACAAAUUAACAAAAUUUUCUGCACCCCCGAAUGGUUAACUAAGUGCAUCAAAUCUAAUCGGAAGAUGGAAAAUAUUUUUUUUAA